AUGAUUCAGCUCAUAAAUGAACCAACUCAUUUUACUGAAACAUCUCACUCUCUUAUUGACCUUUUUCUAGUAUCCUCUGCAUGUAGUGUUCCCUUUCUUGACCAGAAUUUUAGAUUCCAUUGCCCCGUCUAUUGUUGUCUCAAUUGCUCCAAACCUUAUCCGAAAAAGUAUAAGCGCAAUAUAUGGAAAUUCGACCAAGGGGAUUAUGACAACCUGAGAAGAGAAGCAGCAUCUAUUAAUUGGGACUCCCUAGCUGACGAUGAUAUUAAUGCAUAUGUAGAAAAUAUUACUGUUACAAUUCUAUCUAUCUCUAAAAAGCACGUUCCAAACACAAUAGCAACAAUAAGACAAUCCGACCCUGCAUGGAUGUAUAACGACGUAAGAAAACAUGUAGGAAAGAGAAAGAGAGCUUAUGACAGGGCCAAACGAACCCAAAAUGAACGUCACUGGAACAUUUACAAACAAAUAAGGAAAAAAACUACACAAUUAUUACGUAAUGCAAAAACACAACUUUCAGUAAAAUUAUCAAAUAAACUAAAGACUGAAAAUCUUAAAAUAUCUGACCAUUGGAAGAUACUAAAACAGUUUAUAUCACCAUCCAAAAACACAUCCGUUCCACUACUAAAUGACAAUGGUACUCUUGUAACAGAAGAUACAGAUAAAGCAAACUUGCUUAACAAUUUCUUUCAGUCUCAAACAUUACUAGAUGACAAUAACAAAACACUGCCACACAUGCAAACAAAUACAAAUCAUCCACAACUUAACACAAUUAUCAUCACAGAGGAAGAAGUAACAGAAACACUCAAAUCACUUACAGUAGGUAAAGCUGCAGGACCUGACAACGUGAACAACAGAAUCCUGAAGGAACUCUCUCAGGAACUUGCAAGACCACUCUGUCAUCUUUUUAACAUAUCUAUCAGCACUGGUCAGAUGCCAUCCAAAUGGAAAUUGGCACAUGUAUGUGCUGUUUUCAAGAAGAAUGACCCACAGCUAGUCUCAAACUACAGGCCUAUAUCACUUCUAAGCACAAUCAGCAAAGUCGUCAGGUUGAAAGGUCGACAGGUUGACAGAUCGACAGGUUGA